UUUUGGGGCGGAGGGGCAGAGGAAUUCUGGGACAUUUCCCCAAGCAAAAGCGGGGAAUGUGUGGCCCCAUUUUGUCCUGAGUGCCCCCAGCUCUGCCCUGAAGCCCUCGGGAUCCCACAGGAACCCCCACAUCUUCCCCAGCUCCUCUCUCAGCUUCCUGAACUCCGUCCUGAAUUCUUCAGAACCCCCCAGAAACCUCCACAGCCCCCCCACAUUUUCCCCAAAGCUUCCUGCAAACCCGGCCCCCUUCCCCCACCCUACAAUUUCAUGCCGUUCUACAAAAAAAACCCCACAAAAAAGCCUUUCCAGACCCAAAAAUCCCUCCCAGAGCUUCCUGCGGCUCCGCCGCUCUCGCUCGUAUCUCCACUGAUUCCCCUCAGAGCUCCAUCCAGACACCCAGAUCACCCCAAAAAAAGCUUUCUUCAGCCCCCCAGCCCCCUUCAGACCCCUGAAUAUCACCCCAGAAUCUCUUUCCAGCCCCACAGUUCUCUUCAAACCCCCGAAUAUUGCCCCGAAAAUCAUUUUCCAGCCCCCAAACCCUUUCAGACUUACAACACCGCCCCCCAAAGCCCCUCCUGUCCCCCCCAAAUCCUUCUCAAACCCCCACACAUCCCCCAGCCCCGUCGCCCUCCGCACUCGCCCAUCUUUCCCCCGUUCCCACCCCACAGAAGCCCCCGGCGCGGGCGGCCUCAAGUUCAGCCUCCCGAAGCGGCCCUUCGUGUUAACGAACCCGAGCUUUAACGAGCAGCACAGCACCGAGAAGCACCACGGCAAGCCCGAGGACUGGCCGCAGGCCAUGAAGGAGUACGUGCAGCGCUGCUUCACCGCCUGCGAGUCCGAGGAGGCCAAGGACCGCACGGAGCAGCUGCUGAAGGAGGUGCUGCAGGCGCGGCUGCAGGACGGCACCGCCUACACCAUCGACUGGAGCCGCGAGCCGCUGCCCCCCGGGGGCAGCGCGGCUCUGGGUCCUCCUCAGCCGGCGGCGCGGGGCCGGGCGCGGGGCGGCGCCUUCGGGCCCACCAAGUUCGGGAACCGGAACGUGUUCAUGAAGGAGCACAGCUCCUCCUCCAGCGCCGGCUCCCGCUCCCGCUCCCGCUCCUCGUCCCGCUCACCCGGGCGGCACUUCCGGCGGAGCGAUUCCCACUCCGACUCCGACAGUUCCCUGUCCGGCCCCGAAGUGCGCGUGGGCGCCCGGCAGCGCCUCGGCCCCAAGAACCGGGGGGGGCGCGGGGGGCACGCGGAGCGAGGGCGGAUGCGGAUGCAGCGAGGGAAGAGGCACGACCAGGGCCCCUCCAAGCGCGCCCGCAAGCGCCCGGCCAUGGACUACGAGGACCCCGAGAAGGAGUUCAAGAAGCAGCGCAGGGCCGCGCGCUUCCAGCACGGCCACCCCAAGAAGCUGCGCCCCGAGCCCCUGGUGCUCCCCAUCCACGCCCCCGAGCCCCCCGGCGCCGAGACCCCCGACUGGAGGGAGCUGAAGAUCCUGGGGACCUGCCAGGACAUCACCAAGCGCUACCUGCGCCUCACCUGCGCCCCCGACCCUGCCACCGUGCGCCCCGUACCG